GCGAGAGCGGACCGGGGGCGGGGCCGGCCGUGAGUGUGCCGGGCGCGCCGUGACAGGUGCGGCGGGGUGUCUUCGCGGGGCUGAGGGCGGCGGCGGCGGCGGCGGCGGCGGCGGCCUGAGCGGAGGAGACGUGGAGGCGGCGGCGAUGAUGCUGGAGACCCUGCGCGAGCGGCUGCUGAGCGUGCAGCAGGAUUUCACCUCCGGGCUGAAGACUUUAACUGACAAGUCAAGAGAAGCUAAAGUAAAAAACAAACCCAGGACUGUUCCGUAUUUGCCAAAGUGCUCUGCUGGACUAGAAUUACUUAGCAGGUAUGAAGAUACAUGGGCUGCACUGCACAGAAGAGCCCAGGAAUGCGCAAGUGCUGGCGAGCUGGUUGACAGCGAGGUUGUCGUGCUCUCCGCGCACUGGGAGAAGAAGCAGGCGAGCCUGAUAGAGCUACAGCAGCAGCUUCGGCAGCUUCCGGGCCUAAAGGCAGAUUUAGAAUCCCUGACGGCAAGUCUGACUCAUUUAGAGGCUAGUUUUGAGGAGGUAGAAAACCACCUGCUGAAUCUGGAGGAUUUAUGUGGACAGUGUGAAUUAGAAAGAUACAAACAUAUGCAGUCCCAACACCUGGAAAAUUACAAGAAAAAUAAGAGGAAGGAACUUGAAACCUUCAAAGCUGAACUCGAUGCGGAGCACACCCAGAAGGUCCUGGACAUGGAGCAAAGCCAGCAAAUGAAGCUGAGGGAGCGGCAGAAGUUUUUUGAGGAAGCCUUCCAGCAGGACAUGGAGCAGUACCUCUCCACGGGCUGCCUGCAGACAGCAGAGAGGCGAGAGCCCAUGGGCAGCAUGUCAUCCAUGGACGUGAACGUGGACGUGCUGGAGCACAUGGACCUGGUGGACGCCUCCGACCAGGAGGCCCUGGACGUGUUCCUGAACUCCGGUGGCGAGGACGACACUGUGCUGCCCCCUGUCUCAGGGCCUGAAGCGAGCCCCGGUCAGGAUGCAGUUACUCUUCAGGUUCCAAAUCCCUCCCGAUCCCGAGCCACAUGGCCUUCCUCAUCCUCAGCCUGCACCAACCCGGCUGCCCAGGACCCCAGCGAAGGUGGGGAGUCCCCCGUGGUCCAGUUGGACGAGGAGGGGGUGGAGGUGGACACUGCCCUUGCCACCUUACACACUGAUGACAGUGACUCCUAAACCUGGGCGCCCACGCUCUGGCCACCUUCAGGGGACAACACAGCUGUGCCCAGAGGCCCGCAGUGAAGGCAGGUGGAUUUAGGGAGGCUCUCGAUUUUUACCCAGUUGCCAAUAAUGUGUGAGAAACUGACUGAAACAACAGCUACAAUAAAGUUUGAGGACUGCAAACACAGCCGGUUUGUACAGAAGGGCUGCUAAAUACACACGUUCUGCAGGCCUCAGAGUGCAGGCUGGGCCAGGAAAUUAGGUGUCCACUGGGCUCGGCACUGCAUGGCAAAGCCCUUUACAGGCAGGAAACUGUGCUUCCUCUCGGCUCUAACCAAGUUUGGGUUUUCUUCUGAUCAUUACAAAAUUAUGAAGUCCAACAAGCACGGCCUACCUUAAUAGAGUACACACUCGGGCCCAGAGGAAGAGAGAGAAACCGAAGCCAAGCCCACACGCCAGCCCGCUCCUGACGGGACCCUGCUCCCCCAGGGACGUGUUUUCCCCUCUGCCCGCUCGCUCACAGCCCAGGGACGAGGGGCAGGCUGGUGCGAGGAGGGGCGGCUGCGGCCCUACACCCUCGUGGCCACGCUGCCUGCUGGUGUCCAGGGGCCCUGCAGAAAAUGAGAGGCAAACGGCAACCGUUUGGGUUUUGUUCAGAGGGCAUCCAGGCAACCACCAACGGAGGGAAAGUGAGAUUAAAGAUUAAAAUUCGGUGUUCACUCCACUCCCUGGCCAAUGGGACAGACCCCCUCAGCCCAUUUAUCAGAAAACAUCUCAUUUCAUUCACUCAUCUUCCACAAGACAGACAAGUGUCCAAAAAACUUUGUUUUUAUUAUUAAACCUUGUAGUACAAACCUGAAAAGUAAACAAAAAACUGGCAAUAAACAACAUGAAGUCUUCCCUCCCGGGGGAGGGGUGCAGAGCAGCGCUAAUAAAUUAAACGUCAGACCGUAAGCCGUAGGCAGAAGUUCACUGUCCAAAAGAGGGCAAGAACACAGCAAGGCCAUGAAAACCGGACAAGCACAUUGGAAAACACGACUCUGCUCAUGUCAUUGUUAAAUAUUCCAACACAGUUCAGUCUUCUGCAAACGACAACCGACAAAGUGUCACAGGACGCUCCUGACAGCCCCACCGGCGAGCUCAGUGCAACACGGGCAGCUGCGGGAUCGGUGAAUCCAAUUAUGAAACAAAGAACAGCUUGUGAAAACAGUUUCCCUUUUUUAUUCCACACAUACUGUACACACAACCGGAGAAGGGCAACAGCUACUCCAUUAUUAUUUUUGUUGUUGUUGUUCAGUGAUGUAAGCAGCACUUAUAAAUGUUACAAGAAAAACCCUGUAAGCAUCCAAUCCAACCGAUGAAGAAACUGAAGUGUAAGGCUUUUCUUCAUCUCGUCUUCUCACCCCCUCCCCUCCCCCACCCAGAAAAAGGCUCAAGUAUUUAAAACAAUUUACAGGCGUAUGUACAAAAGGGACGGGAUUUUUUUUUUUCUUUUUGUUACAACAUGAAGAGAAAAAAAUAGACCAGAUGAGCGCAGAUGCAUUUUCACAUUCAAAAAGAACGGCAGACCUCCUAGUGGCUCUAGAUGUGAUCACCAACAAAACGAGUUUAAAAAGAAAGAUUAAUGCUGACCUGUGAAGGUGUAAAACAAGCUGUGAGAUGAAGAUGGAAUGUUAGAAAGAUUGCACAUCCAUGACAAAGAAGCACUUAACGGCUUCAAUCACUUUUUUCCUUUUUUUUUUUUUUUCCUUAAGGAUGCUAUUGAAGGGUUUUUUGAUAAAGUAGCCAACAGCACCAAAAAAUAACAGAAUGGAUUUCCUAAUGAAAUCAGGCACAGGUUUCCCUCACGUGACCCCCUCCAAGGCAGGCAGUCUUUUUCUUCUCUUUCCUUUUUUUUUCCUUAAACAGAUGCAUAGUGAUGUGCUGGUAAAGAGAACCUAGUCACUCCGACCUCCUCAUUUUGCCUAUGGUUAGGAAACAACGUCCACCUUCAGCUGCCAUAACCGCCCAAAGAAACAAUGGGGAUUCUCCGGUUUUAACAAUUACAAACUCAUCCUGCACAUGACAGAAGAAAAGACAGCCAAAGUAAAGCCAUUUCUUUCAAGUUUUGUGUGUGUGUGUGUGUGUGUGUGUGUGUGUGUGUCUCCUAUCCCUUUUCCUCUCUAGAAAAAAAUCUCACAUUACUGACGGUUUUAAAAUUUGUUCUCCAAACU